GAAUUGUUAAAAUAAUAUUUCAUUAGUUUCUAAAUAUAUAUAUAAUUCAUAAUAUAAUAUAUUUGUAUAUUAAAGUUCUGUGAAUUCAGAGUUUUGGUUCAAUCAAAGCUAUUCAAACUUAUUAUUGCUUUUUGUUCAUCAAAUCCACGAUAAGAUAGUGGAAAUUGUGUGGAAAAUAACUUUUUAAGUUUAUUGGCUAUAUUUGGCUAUAUUUGGUUAUAUUUGACAAAAUAUUUCCAUAUUUUCGUUGAGAAUAAUAUAAAUAAAGCGUUGAUUUUUGAUAAUUAUUUGUAUUUAAAUAAAAGUCAAAUUGAAUUGAUUUGGAAAUCAUUGAAAAUGACAAAAGACGAGAUCCCGAACCGAAAGAUAUCGCAGAAUAACGGCGCCAAACCCUUCCCUAUUAGAGGCGACCGGACGACAGCGUAUGUCAACAUUCCUCAUGUCAUAGCAAUGGUUGGACUCCCGGCCAGAGGAAAGACAUACAUCGCUAAGAAGUUGACCCGUUAUCUCAAUUGGAUUGGCAUUAAUACCAGAGUUUUUAAUGUUGGAGAGUAUAGGAGACAAGCGACUAAAGCCUAUCGGAAUCAUGACUUCUUCCGUCCCGACAAUAAGGAUGCGCUUAUUAUACGAAACAAAUGUGCUGUCGAUGCUCUGGAGGACAUGUGCACGUGGCUCGAGGAGGGCACCGGAGAAGUGGCCGUAUAUGACGCCACCAACACUACUGUCGAUAGAAGACAACUCAUUCACGACACUGUUGUCGACAAAUAUGGAUAUAAAUUAUUUUUUGUUGAAUCCUUUUGCAACGACCCCAACAUAAUUGAGGCCAACAUUAGGGAGGUGAAGGUUCACAGUCCGGACUAUCGGGAUGUGAGCAAUGAGGACGCGUUGAAUGACUUUACGCAACGCAUAGAGCACUACGAACUCGCGUAUCAGCCUCUCGAUGAAGAACGAGAAAAACAUUUCUCUUUCAUGAAAAUCUAUAACGCGGGAGAAAAGGUGAUCGUUCACAGACAUGAGGGACACAUUCAGAGUCGAGUUGUGUAUUAUCUGAUGAACAUUCACAUAAUCCCGCGGUCUAUAUACCUGACCCGUCACGGAGAGAGUGUCUAUAACUUACUCGGAAGGAUAGGCGGAGACGCAGAGCUUUCCGAAAGGGGUUGGGAGUACUCGAAAGCAUUGGCUAAAUAUAUUUCUGAGCAAAAUAUCCCUCGCCUUCGAGUGUGGACUUCUCAGCUUCAGAGGACAGCACAGACUUCAGAAGCUAUUAAAGCGCCUCAAGAGAGAUGGAAAGCUUUGAAUGAAAUCGACGCCGGAAUUUGCGAAGAAAUGACUUACGAAGAAAUUCAGACUAAAUAUCCGGAUGAGUUUGCAUUACGAGACCAGGAUAAGUUUCACUAUCGAUACCCUAAAGGAGAGUCAUACGAAGACUUAGUGGCCCGACUGGAGCCGGUUAUCAUGGAGUUGGAGCGUCAGGAGAAUGUGCUCGUUGUCGGACAUCAGGCAGUAUUGCGCUGUCUUUUGGCUUACUUUCUGGACAAGAGCUCAGCGGAUAUGCCGUAUAUAAAAGUACCUCUUCAUACCAUAAUCAAGUUAACGCCCUUCGCAUACGGCUGUCAACUCGAGGAGAUAAUAGUGCCGAUCGCGGCCGUCGAUGACCACAAACUCUUAUAAGGCACCGAUGAUAUGACUUUCUCGGGUACCUGAAAGUCCCGCUCCACACUAUAAUUAAGUUGACUCCCGUUGCCUAUGGCUGUCAAGUCGAUGAAAUACACAUUCCUAUUGAAGCUGUCAAUACUCAUCGCGAGAAACCUCUGGUUAUAUCACAAAUAUAUCGCAAUUGCUUUAAUAAUAUGUUUCCGACAAAUCUAUCGCAAUGUCGUAAUAAUAUUUGCCAAUCAAAUGAUCCUAACUCUCAAUACGGUUGUCAUAAACUUAUGCCUCUCCGGAAUCGUCUCACCAGAAACUUCUAUAAACAACUAAUCCUUAAUGAAGACAUUGAAUACGAGUUUUAGCAUAAAUAACAUUAAUCAUUCUUGUUUGUCUAAUGUUUGUAUUUGAGACAUUAAAUUAAUGAUUUGUAAUAUAUUUAUUACAACAUUUUUUAAUCAGUGAAUU